UCCCCCUGUGAAGGCACAUUUCCUUCCUAGCCUUCGCUUCACUUAUCUGAGGUGGAUUUUUUUAAGAGAAGCAUGGGGAGUUGCUAGAGGGAAAAUGGAUUCUUUAUUUCACGUCCUGGUUUCUACCUGUCUUGCCUUGACAUUCUCAGAAGGGUUUCUGAUUAUCCAUGAACAGAAACAGCAGUGUCUUUCAGAAAAGAGAGGAGUCAUUAUGGAAAAGUGCAAUAUGACCAACCUCAACCAGCAAUGGCAGUGGACAGCAGAUGACAGGCUCCUUCAUAUGAAAUCCAAACAGUGCCUGAGCAUCUCUACACGCUCUGCCCUGUCAUCUCGCAGCAUCAUCGUUGAUUGUCCCCAGGCAGUCAGGUGGACUUGCCACGAGGAUGGGCUCCUGAAGGUGGCCAACAGCUCUCUCUUUCUCACAAAGCAAGGUCAGAAGGUAAUGGCCAAACAGAGUAAGAAAUACCUUCAUACAUGGAUGCAGCUAGAAGCCAGCGAGACGGGAAAACCUGUUUAUGUAAAUCUGUGUUCAAAGCAAGAUCUCCAAGACACAGUGACUUCUGUACCGAGUACUAGACCUACAUCCUCCACUUUAAAUGCUGUUACCUCCAGUCCUGAAAAUCUGCUAAAGAGUAGCACAGAGACGUUCAUCAGGAAUGUGACUGAACACUUCAGUAAAAAUCUUAUUGAAAGCCUCUACUUUGACUUGAAAUCUGCAGUAACAGAGAAGCCUUGGCUUCCAACAACUACUUUUCAAUACUCUAGCACUACAGAAGAGGCUGCGCCGAGAGAGGCUGCGGGAUGCCUCGCCAGCCUGAUGGAGCGGGAGGUGAGCGGGCAGAGCGUGCGGCUGCGCUGGGGCGCCGCGGGUCCCGCCUGCAACUUCAGCGUGGCCGGGAGCUCCGAGGACGGGGAGGCGGCCGGCUGCCAGCCCUCCCCCGCGGGCAAUGGCUCCUUCGGCUGCACCCUGCGAGGCCUGAGCGCCGGGACGUGGUACCAGCUCCGCAUCGAGCCGCUCGCCGGCGGGGAGGCCGUCAACAUCUCCCUGCGGACAGAUCCCUUACCACCACCUCGUUUUGAAAUUAAUAAGGAAAAAACUACGCUCACAAGCUUGCAGGUUCAGUGGGACCCUCCCUCAGGAAAGGUGGACUUGUAUAACUUAGUGUUAUUUGAUCAUGAUAAUAAAAAGAUAGAAGAAGUCUCCAUACCAGGAAGAUUUUCAAGAACAGAAAAUACCUUUUCCAGUCUCAUCCCUGGCAAUAAAUACAAGAUUGUCCUCAGUGCAGUUGCUGGAAAUAAGAGUACCCCGGAACUUCACAUAAGUGGAUCUACUGUGCCGUCCCCUGUGAAAAACGUUCAAGUCACUGUCAAGACAGACACUAUCCAUGCUUCGUGGUCUCCUGGCUCUGGUCACGUGGAUCGUUACAAGCUGAUGUUACUGGAUAAUCAUGUCCUGGUUCAUGAGAUUCACCAAGAAGAUCCUCUGACCUCCUACACUUUUUCAGGACUUACAGCAGGCCACUCGUAUAACCUCUCUAUCAUAACCCAGGCUGCAGGAUUGGAGAGCAGCAGUUUUCAAACAGUUAGGACAGCCCCAGCUGAAGUCCUAGAUUUGACAGUGACAAAUGAUGACAGCUUAGAUGCUUUAAAAGUUAAGUGGAGAAGACCUCCAGGAGACCUCAGUUUCUAUAAUAUCACUCUGUCUCAUCUUGGAUCAGUUAAAGAAGUCAAAACUCUACAGCCACUGGUCACUGAGACUCACUUUGACAAGCUGACUCCAGGACGUCUUUAUCAGGUUACUGCUCGCACAAUCAGUGGUGAACUGUUUGCUGAUCGGAUGGCAACUGGCAGGACAUUUCCCCAGAAAGUUUCUGAGCUGAAAGCAAGUGGUGGUGGCUGGCUGAAGUCUCUGCGAGUGAACUGGUUGCCCCCUGCGGGAGACUGGGAGAGGUACCGCCUGCUCCUGUGGAACCACUCAGCUCUGCUGCUCAACACCACACUGGAGAAGGAGGUCACAGAAUACCUUAUCCACGAUUUGGGCCUCAUCCCGGGGAGGCAGUACGACGUGGAUGUCAUUGUGGAGAGCGGCGACUUGCAGAGCAAGACCAGUUGCACGGGGAGAACAGCUCCAGAGCCUGUUCUCCAGCUCCGUGUGAAGCAUGCUAAUGAAUCUUCACUUAGUGUCAUGUGGAUGACCCCUGUUGCAGAAUGGGACAGCUAUGUGGUUUCACUGGGAGAUAGGGAUCUGACUGUCAUAAAAAAAGGGCUUGCAAAAGAAGCUAAGGAAUUCACUUUCACUGACUUGGUACCCGGAAGAAAGUAUACAGCUACCAUCACUACCAUUAGUGGAAUUUUAAGCAACUGGACUUCAGUGGAAGGAAGGACAGUGCCAGCCCAAGUGACUGGUCUGACCGUGACAAGUCAGGGAUCAACCAACAGCUUGUUCACCAACUGGACAAGAGCGCUGGGAGAUGUAGAUUCAUACCAGGUGCUACUGAUACACGAGAACGUUGUCAUUAAAAAUGAGACUGUUCCCAGUGAAACCAACAGAUACCACUUCUAUCCCCUGAAGCCUGGUGGACUCUAUUCAGUUGUUGUCACCACUGUCAGCGGAGGGAUAUCUUCAAGGCAAACGAUAGCAGAAGGCAGGACAGUUCCUUCCAGCGUGACUGGAGUAACAGUAAAUAACUCAGGUCGCAGCGACUACCUCAGUGUUUCUUGGCUGCCGGCUUCUGGAGAUGUAGACAGUUAUCUGGUGACACUCUCUCACGAUGACCAAAUUGUUCAGAGCCUCACCGUUUCUAAAUCCUUCAGUGAAUGUUCCUUCAGCAGCCUUACUCCUGGGACGCUUUACAAUGUGAUGAUAACCACUAAGAGUGGGAAGUAUGAAAAUUACUCCUUCAGCCAGGAACGAACAGUCCCUUCAAGUGUUCAGGGACUAACUGUCAGCAAUUCAGCCAGAAGUGACUACUUGAAAGUGUCCUGGUUACACGCCUCUGGAUAUUUUGAUGAUUAUGAAGUCGUCAUCAAAAACAACAAUGAUUUCAUCCAAACAAAAACCAUCCCAAAGGAUGAAAAUGAAUGUGUGUUCACUAAUCUGGUCCCAGGGAGGCAGUACAGUGUCACAGUCAGCACAAGGAGCGGGAAAUACGAAACUAGUGAAAGGGUCUAUGGCAGAACAAUGCCAGAGUCGGUGAAAGAACUGACUCUUAGUAACAGAAGCACAGAAGAUCUGCAGGUAACUUGGUCAAAGGCUGAGGGGGACGUUGAUAAAUAUGAGAUUCAGCUCCUCUUCAACGAUAUGAAAAUCUUCCCACCUAUUUUCCUUGGGAACACCAUUGAGGAGUAUUGGUUCACAGCUUUGACUCCAGGACGUCUAUACAAAAUUCUUGUCUUGACAAUCAGUGGAGAUGCACAACGUGCUACUUUCAUAGAAGGCCUGACAAUUCCAAGUACGGUCAGAAACAUUCAUGUAUCACCUAAUGGCAUGACAAACAGCCUGAAAGUGAGCUGGACUCCUGGAAGUGGAGAUGUUGAUUCCUACACAGUGACUAUAUUUCAGCAAAACCAUCAGCUUGAUUCCCAGAGUGUCUCCAAACAUGUCUCUGAGCACACGUUUCACAAGUUGGAAGCUGGGGAGCAGUACCAGGUGGUGGUGCAAUCUAACAGUGGCACCUUGCACAACAGCUUAGCAGCUUUUGGGAGAACAAUUCCAGCCCCUGUCCAGGAGUUAUUAGCCCAUCAUGCUUACACCAGUCAUUCCUUGUUAGUAACCUGGCAGAAAGCUCCUGGUGUAGCUGAAAGAUAUGACAUUCUGCUCUUGAAUGAGCAGGGAAUCCUCCUGAGCAACAAAUCAGAGCCAGCUACUUCCAAACAGCACAAAUUUGAAGAUUUAUUAGCUGGCAAGAAGUAUAAAAUACAAGUUUUGACAGUCAGCGGUGGACUCUUCAGUAAACGAGCAGAAACUGUUGGUCGAACAGUUCCAGCAGCUGUAACAAAUCUGAAGGUCACAGAGAACACCACUGACCAACUGUCCUUCAGCUGGACCACCUCACAAGGGGAGCUUGAUUCAUAUGACAUCUUCCUAUACAACCCAGACAAGUCCCUUCAUGACAGGAUUUCAGGAGAGCAGCAGCUCCAGAACUGUUCAUUCCAGAACCUGCGGCAAGGGAGGAUUUAUCGAAUGGUGAUUGUUACUCACAGUGGAGACCUCACUAAUGAGUCUUCUGUCUUUGGAAGAACAGUGCCAGCCCCAGUUGUUGGUCUCAAGGCAUCCAACCGAAACAUGACAGACAGUCUGUGGUUCACCUGGGGUCCAGCAGCAGGAGAUGUUGACUUCUAUGAGCUGACUCUUUACAACCCAAAUGGGACACAGAAAGAAACAUGGCACAGGAAAGACCUGAAAGAGUGGCAUUUCCAAGGGCUUAUUCCUGGCAGAAAGUACACUCUGGUUGUGGUGACUCACAGUGGUGACCUGACCAAUACAGCAAACGCUGAAGGAAGAACAGCACCCAGCCCUCCCAACACUGUAUCAUUUACUGAUGUUGCAAACACUUCUUUAUCCAUCACUUGGCUGGGUCCUCCAGACUGGACGGACUAUGAUGAUUUUGAAUUGCAGUGGCUUCCAAAGGAUCCCCUCACAGUAUUCAACCCCUACAGCAGCAGCAAAUCAAAAGUACGCAUCAUCUAUGGCCUGCGACCAGGAAGACUCUACGAGUUCAGCGUCAGAACGGUUAGUGGUGACAGCUGGAAGACAUACAGUCAGUCGCAGUCUGCAAGUGUGAGGACGAAACCAGACAAGAUACAAAGUCUUCAUUGUCGGCCCCAGACCUCUACUGCCAUUGCGUGUUCCUGGACUCCUCCUGAUUCUGACUUUGAUGGGUAUAGCGUCGAAUGCAAAAAAAUGGACACUCGUGAAGUGGAAUUCUCUAAAAGGAUAGAAAAAGACAAAUCUCUGCUUAAUAUCAUGACCCUCGUUCCCCACAAGCGAUACCUGGUGUCCAUCAAGGUGCAUUCUGCAGACAUGACGAGUGAAGUAGUUGAAGACAGCACCAUCACGAUGAUCGACCGUCCCCCUCAGCCACCUCCAGACAUCCGAGUGAACAAAAAAGAGGUGCUGAUUACCAAAUCCUCCAUCAACUUUACUUUUAACUGCAGCUGGUUUAGUGAUACUAAUGGAGCUGUGAAAUACUUUACUGUGGUUGUGAGAGAGGCUGAUGGUAGUGAAGGACCUAAGCCUGAUGAGCAGCACCCAUUACCUUCCUACCUGGAGUACAAACACAAUGACUCUAUACACAUCUACCAGACAAAUUAUUUUGCCAGUAGGUGUGCUGAAAACCCUGACAGUGACUAUAAAAGCUUUGACAUUAAGCUUGGAGGAGAAAUGGAAAAUCUGGGAGGAAGAUGUGAUCCAGAUCAGCAAAAAUUCUGCGAUGGACCUCUAAAGCCUCGGACUGCUUAUAGGAUCAGCAUACGAGCUUUUACCCAGCUCUUCAGUGAGGACCCAAAGGAACUCCCUAAACCACUCUUUGCAGACACCUUCUUCUCUUUACCGAUCACUACAGAGGCAGAGCCUCUGUUUGGAGUUAUUGAAGGUGUGAGUGCUGGCUUGUUUCUGAUUGUGAUGUUAGUGGCUGUUACUGCUUUAAUUGUCUGCAGACAAAAAGUUGGCAGUGGCCACGAGAGAACUACACCAAGGCUGAACAUUCGCAGGGAUAGGCCACUGUCAGUCCAUCUGAACUUGGGGCAAAAAGGGAACCGGAAAACUUCCAGUCCGAUCAAAGUCAGUCAUUUUGAAGCACACUUCACCAAACUUCAAGCAGACUCCAACUACCUCCUCUCCAAGGAGUAUGAGGACUUGAAAGAUGUGGGUCGAAACCAGACAUGUGACAUAGCACUUCUACCAGAGAACAGAGGGAAAAAUCGAUACAAUAAUAUAUUGCCCUACGAUACAUCAAGAGUGAAGCUUUCCAAUGUGGAUGAUGACCCUUGCUCAGACUACAUUAAUGCAAGCUACAUACCAGGCAAUAAUUUCCGCAGGGAAUACAUAGCGACUCAGGGCCCUUUGCCUGGCACCAAAGAUGAGUUCUGGAAGAUGGCAUGGGAGCAAAAUGUUCACAAUAUUGUCAUGGUAACCCAGUGUGUUGAGAAGGGACGGGUGAAGUGUGAUCACUACUGGCCCCUUGACCAGGAUUCCUUGUACUAUGGAGACUUGAUUGUUGAGAUGCUAUCUGAGUCGGUCCUUCCAGAGUGGACGAUACGAGAGUUUAAAAUCUGCAGUGAAGAGCAGCUUGACUUAACGAGGCUCAUUCGUCACUUCCACUACACUGUCUGGCCAGAUCAUGGUGUACCAGAGACCACACAGUCCCUGAUUCAGUUUGUCAGAACUGUAAGGGAUUAUAUCAACAGGACCCCAGACACAGGACCAACUGUUGUGCACUGCAGUGCUGGUGUUGGUAGGACUGGCACUUUCAUUGCGCUGGACCGAAUUCUGCAGCAGCUGGAUUCAAAGGACACUGUUGACAUUUAUGCCGCAGUACAUGACCUAAGGCUUCACCGGGUUCACAUGGUUCAGACAGAGUGUCAAUAUGUGUAUCUACAUCAAUGUGUGAGAGAUGUGUUAAGAGCCAGAAAACUUCGCAGUGAACAAGAAAAUCCCUUGUUUCCAAUAUAUGAAAAUGUGAAUCCGGAGUAUCAUAGAGAUGCUGUUUAUUCAAGGCACUAAGAAUGUUACAGACAACUGCUUUUGUGACCACAUUUGUUAACUAGGGAGUUUGUCUGGGUGUUUUUUAUGUAUGUAUUUCAUGCACUAGAAGGGUGCCAGACUUUUCUGUUGAGACUGUGUAUAAUUUAUUGGUCUGGUGGUUUUUUUAAAAGAUAUAAUUUAAGUGUUAUAGAUUUUAAUGUAUAUAAUUGUAUUUUGGCAUUAUGUAAAUAUGUAUUUUUUCUAUAUUGUUUAUAUUAAUAUUAAGCUUCAAAUAAUACUAUUUUUUUCUUAUCUCAGUUUUUAUGAACUGUUCUGCAUAAACUAUUUUAAAUUGUAUAGCUAACAGGACUGCUGCAUUUAGGGCAGUAUUGGCAUGUAACACAGGAAAAAUCCUAUAAGGAGAACCUCUUUUUUUUAACUAAUCCAGUGUUUGUGAGAUGAAAUAAGCUACUAUUAAGCAAGGGAACAGUAGUCGUGUAUAGGAAUUACAGUGCUACUCUACACUUUAAACUUACUGCUUUUGAUCUGACAAAAAUGGGUAUAACCCAGAACACAAUGACAUACCUUUUACAGAACUCAUUAACAGCCGAGCAUAACAGGGUUCAUCUCACUAGAAGCAACUCUUUCAGUCUAAUGUGACAUAGUAAAAAAAUAUCAACCAACAUAAGCUGCCGUGAAGUCUAGUAGACCUUUCCCUUACACACACAUGCUUUGAGGGGAGACAGGUCACAUUCUUAUUUCUUUACACUGGUUUAAGAGAGCAGAAUCAGACCACAGCCCGUGUCUGUGUAUUUUCACUUGCCUGCAAUAAAGUAAGAAAAGUAUUCAAGGAAAUCCCUCACACGUUCAUAUUAACAGACCUGUAAGGAUGUGAAGUCUGGCAACUUCCAGUGCUGUACCAUGACUGCUAAAAAAGUAGAGAGAUUAUAAACAUAUUGCAAUGAAGACAUAUGAAGGUAUAAAUCCCACAGUUUACACAAGUGGCUUCAGUCUUAAGCUGCUUGCAGCAUAGCUGCCUUGGCCUAAGUGUUGGUCUUCUUUGAAUACCACUUGCUUUCACAGACGGGAUGUGUGGCUCCAGAAUGGCUGCACAGAAAGACUCUUCCGUUUAGAUGUUGUCUGAUGUAACCACCGCAAGGGCAGCUGGAGUAGAAAAAGGCUCAUCAGUAAACCAGGGGACACAGGCUGGUAGUCUGUGCUAAUCAUCGGAUGACUCAAAGAAUGUAGUGAUUAGCAAGAAGUACAAUCAAAAGCACUCACCAGGUAUCCUGCCCAGCCAAGCGGAUUAGGCACGUCCUCUCUGCUCUUCUUAUUCAAGAGACUGGUUGGAACAUUCUGUUCAGCUAUUCUUUGUCUUUAUAAAAUGCUCUCCAGACAAAUGGAGAAGAGGCAAUGCAUAGCUCUCCUUUUAUCCAUCUACCCAUACUUUACCUAGAGAAAGCUUAGCCUGCUGCUGAAGACAAGUGCCUAAAUUCCACUAUUAUUUUGGAGAUAAAUAAAUAUUUCUGAAGGCCUCCAGAGAACCAGCCAAUACACCUAAGUGUGUAGGUGAGGAACUGCUGUGAUUUCAUCAUGACUUAUUGGAGCCACACUCUCCUUGUGGUAGGAACACCUGCCUCACAAUGACUGAAGAAAUCUGCAAGGCAGAUCUGACAUAGUUUUCUUAAAUUGUUCCGAAGUAUAACCAGCAGGCGUAUGCACAUCUGUGUCACUCUGGUUUUCCUAGGGAGAAAAAAAAGCAACCUGAUAGUCCCUCUUCUUUCCUACUCCAUCUAGAGCCUCAUCCUUUCUUGACCCAAUAUCCUCGCAUGCCUCAGAAGCCACCCUUCAUAUCAGCUUUCACGGCUGCUCAGAACAUGUAAGCUUGGUUUAUCUUUUAGGUGUCUCUCUAUGAAAAUGCUGCUCAUAUCUCUUGUGCAUCCUCUUUGGUCCCACACAAACCUCAUGAUUCACCACCCUUAGUGGGAUCUGAAGAAGGACGGAACUGGUGUUAUAGUGAAAGCCGUUUUCACAGAGGGAAAUUAAGAAAAUCACAAAGAAACGUGCAGUUUUUCUGCAGGUCUCUUUUUUCUCCAUUUCCUUUGCUAGAUAGAUUGUAGGUUAGCAAGCAAGGACAAACAAGCGUGGCAGAUUUAGAUCAAUUAUUGACCUUGCUAAUAACAUCUGAACUUAUGGCAUCAUGAAAAUUGCCAUUGUGUUACGUGCACUGCAUUUAGUCCUUUCUUUUUGCAGCAGUAGCUGAAGAAUGAAGAUCACCAUGUUAGUUACCAGCAGUACAAUUACACUGUGAAGACAUACCAAAUGUACCCUAUAAAUUAUCUCACACUAUAUAUUACUGUGCCAUUUUUUAUGCUGAAGGAAAUGGAAUUCGCUCAAUAAUAUAUGAUCUGAGGGCAAAAGUCUGAUUGUGUACUAUGUAGGCACAUUGUUCAUCAUUUUCAGAAAGACAGACAUCGUUCUGCUUUCUUUUAGCGUUGUUUCUCAGCUCCUUGCUCUGUACCUAUAGUUCACAAAUCUACACCCAAAAUGACGAUGUUGUAGCAGACGGCUGUUUUCGUCUUUUCUCUCAGCUAAUAAUGGAUACAGUCCAUAAGCCUUUUCCUCCUCAUCACUUAAUAACACAACAGGUGACCUUAAGCACUCUGGCACAAUGCUUUUGAGCAGCUUUACAUCUCUGCCUGGCCACAUGACAUGUGAGACUACACACACACACGUUACUGUUCUGGUUCUGCUUUCUAGCCAAUUCUAGUGAUAUGAAACCAGUGUAAAUCUACUGAGAAUAAGUAAAAAGUAUCUAUGUAGCAUUUUUUUCAAUAUGAGACACCUACUUAUCAGUAUAAUUAAUUAUAUUUACUGUGCCUCUAAGCUGAAGAACAGGACCGAUGGGAGAUUGUUUAAUGUAACAAGAAUGAACUUGAAGGAGCCUAUGUACUGAACAAAGAGAGCUCUGAAGGAAAGACAUCCUCUGUGAAGAGGAUGUUUCUCACUGAAUGUCCACGAAUGAUGUUCAGAAUUACCUUCCUGAUGUUUCCCAAUAAUAAUGUUACAAAGCAAGCCUAGUGUUGUCGCUGAUCCAUAAGCUAAGAUUUGCACACUUGGAGCCCAGUCCUGUGAAUCUCUGCAUUGUCCACAAAGCUACCUGAAUACUUCCAUGAAAGUCAACUGGAAUGCUUGCCUGAAGAAUAUCAUUCCUCUUCUGAAGCACUUUCAGGGUUGGGCUUUUAGAUUAAUUCAAAAAUUUGUAUUGAAAGUUAUUUAAUAAUGAAAGAAUUGUAAUAAAUGUUUUUUUUAAUCUGUGCAAUACAAUUACAAGAUCCACUACCGAUUGUAGGAAAAAAAGGAAAAAAAAAAAAGAAAAAAAUAGAUUUUGCAUAGCAGGAGUUGAUAAAUGAUAUUUUUGUUACUAAUGGAACACAAAAAUGGGUGAGAGAAAAAGGCAUACUGUGAAGAUGUCAUAAAAGUGCAACUUUAUACAUUUUUCUCUGCUGCUAUAGUUAUUUAUACAGCUUAUAUAUGUGCCUAAAUUUGCCAGAAAUAUUAUUUUAUGCCAUGAUAUACUAUGAAUUUCCUUUCAGUUGUAAAACAGAGAAAAGAAAAUGUGUGAGCUUUAAGUUUAUAUUAUGUGUUAUAUACUGUUAUUUACACUUCGACUUUGAAAGCAAGAAGUUAAAUAGUAUUUGACAGGCAGGAGUAUCUGAGCAUUAAGUUGUAGUCCUCAUCCUGGGAGUUAAUAUAUGGGCUAGAGGGAUAAAAACAAUAACCAUCUAAUCACUGUAUUAGCAUCUUCUCCCAAGGCCACAGGUCGGAGAAACGCAUCUGAUGUUCAGAAAUGCAGCCUACCGUAGCCACAGCUUCCCUACCAAGGAGUGGCACACCAGGUGCUUGCAUUUAUUCAGAUUUCUUUCAGUAUUCCAGACAUGCAGUUUGUGUGAAUAUAAUGCAAUAUAAAAUGACAACUGCUCCCUUGAAGGCCCUGUCACAGGCUCUGGAGCUGUGAGCUCUGGGACCUGUGGUCCCAGGAGGCUGCAACUUAGAAUAGAAGAUGAGUGUGCCUCUUCCAUGCUGAGGCAACUCACUGUAGACCCCUUGUUCUCCACUGUCCCUCCCAGGCAGAUGAAGUCAAACUCCUCACAUGUUGGUAGCACCACUAUGGCCAAACCGGUCUGUUAUCAGUGACCUCACAGAUCAACAGCUAGUUCAGACUGGGAUUUGUUUUUUAAGACUGGCAGGAAAUACUGGAGACUAGGGCUUA